GCCAGGUAGACAACUCACAUACAUCUUCAUGGCAAUUUUAUUGUAGAGAAACACAGAAGUUCUGUGAAAUUAUGCGAGCACUGUUCAUUAACUAAGUAUCGGUCACAUUCAAAACAUCCAAAGAUUAAAUUAAAGCUGCAAACGCUGCACGACACACUCCACAGUAUGGAACCAGAAAUUAGAUGGUGAGAGUGUAUUUUUUGUACGUAUUUCUUAAUACGAAGGAAUUUUCUGCCGUCCAGAAGGGGUACAGGGCAGUUUAAUCUACUUCAAUCUAAUAAAUAUUAAAAUGUACUAUGUCUGUAGGGUGUCUGAAAGGGGUAGGGGGUCAACUUUCAAUUUCCUCUGUAGGAAAGGUGUGGAUGUUUCCUGGAACUGAUGACCCAUAAUACACAUUCUUGAAUGUUGAAAGUUGGCUGGCCAAUAUGUUGAAGAUUUAAUAGAAAAUUAAUAUCAUGAAAUUAUCUAAUAAACACCCAAUCCCCCUGAUAAACAUCCUGUAUGUAAUCGACACCCUUAUUAAACCAGAAUUGUAAUAGGUACCCCUCACACGCCACUUAUCUAAUAAACACCCCUUGAGUUAAUUAAGCAAUUAUGCUUAUUUACAGCAUUAACCCCUUAACCUGUUAAUUGCAUAUUGCCCCCUAAUGUGUCCUAUUUUAUUAUAAUUUGACUCUGUCUAACACCAGAUGAUUUUACUGGUCAAAUGGAGAGUGCUGGCGCUAGAUUGGUUGAUCAGACUAUCUGCAUGCGGUAGUUAACCCAUUAAGUUGCAACGAUUUUACUCGUCAAAGGGAAGGUCUUGUGCACCAAUGGGUUUAACCUGUCCCUUAUCAAACAAAUGCUCCUAAUCUCUAAGUGACAGAAGCACCCCUUAUCUAGAACAGCGGACUAGAUACCCGAAGAUGGGGUUUGAAUCCUGCUCAGGACGAUGUGGAAUCGUUGUUCUCUACGUCAGAAUAGUAUGAAACUAGUUUUCAUAUAUAGUGUUUAAUGUUAACCCAUUGAUUGCAGCACUCUCCCCUUGAUGAGUAUAGAAUUGUCUGUUGUUAGACAGAGUAAAAUAUGCAUUAUUGCCACAUAGGGUGAUGCUCAAUUCCAGCAGUAUUUUUCAGGUCAAUCAGAAUACUGUGUGAGAUGCUGGAACAGCUACAACUCGAGGCUGUGUUUGCAUGGUUGUCCACGCUGGGUGGAGCUCAUUCCGCGUUAGGAGAUUAUUUCAAUAAAAAUGUAAUUAUUGACGUUGUAAUUAAUAAACUAAACUUUAUUUAUACUGGAUAGCUUUAUCUGUUCUGAACUGUUCUCCGGUUCUCCCGAGUCCUAGAAAUCCAGUAAGGUUUAUCCAUUAUUGAUCCAGUAGUGUUACUACAGGAGGAAACCUAAACUAACUUUAUUUUAUUGGAUAGUUCUACCAGUUCUAAACUGUUCUUCCUGGAGGUCCAGUAAGGGUCAUACUUUAUGGGUCCGCCGUUACUACAGAAGCAAACCUGAAAACAUUUUAUUAAACCUAAUCAGAAACAGCUGCGAAAAAUGCAACUGAACCUGCGAUUCCGCUGCAGCGCUCUAACCAACUGAGCUACAGUACAGAAUCUAGUUGUCGAACCCUAACCACAAGUAUCCCAAAGGUCGCGGGUUUGAUUCCCACCGUGGCCAAGCAAACUAUUCAGCUUGCCCGGUGUGGAUGCACAUUGCACCAUAGAAAUAAUAGACAUAGAAUGCGCACCGAUGACGAAUCAUGUCUCCACUUUUUCACCGUGCGGCACCUUUUGAAUGCGCCAUUUUGAAUGCGCCAUUUUGAACGCUAUUUUGAAUUUACGAAAUAAACGUAACUUUCGUCAACCAAUUUACAAAAUACAAACCAAACGUGUUCAAACAAAACUCGAAAGCCUCGCUCCUCGUGCAAAAGUUCCAGAACCGCGCAAGAUUCUUCACUGCAGGAGUCUGGACCGAGUAAAAUGCCCUUUUCAAUGCGCCAUUUUGUGGAGACAAAGUUUGGACUGAAGCGAGAUAGGAGCACGCAUUCUAUGUCUAUUAUUUCCAUGAUGCACACUCGCAGUAACAUCACAAAGUUCAUGUAGCCACUAGCUUCAUUCUAACCACAAGUUUAUUUAAAUAAAUGUAUAAUUACAAAAUUUACACUCCAUAAUUUCCAUAUACAAAACCCUUCAACUAUAUUAUUCAUGCAUGGAGUGACACGCCAAAAAACCCCUUGAUAUUUACCCAUAGUAGUAUAUAUACAUGAACUUGUGGUUAGAGGUCGACAACUGGACUCUGUAGCUCAGUUGGCAAGGCGCUGCACUGGAAUCACAGGUUCGAUUCCUGCCAGAGGACGUAUGGUUGUAUUUUUCGCAACUGCUCCUGGUUUAUAGCUUAGCAUAUAAGUCUAUUAGUUCUAAACCGUUCUAUAGCCUUCCAUCCAAUGCACCCGAUCAGGGGCGUAGGAAGCAAUGGGGGGCAGAAGAAAAAUUUUCCCGUCGUGCCAUACCGAAAUUGCACGUUUUUGACCAAAUUUUUUUAAAAAACUUGGAAAUUUCCAAACAAAAAGGGCACCUUUGAUGUUAAUUUAGUAUUUACAGCGACAUUAGCUUGUACAAAAAGGACACUUUUCAUCACAAAAAAGGGCACUUUUCAUCACAAAAAAGGGCACUGUUAGUCCCCCCCCCCCGGGUUCCUACGCCCCUGCACCCGAUAUUAUUUUGCCCUGGCCAAUGCCAGAAGAUUUUAUUUGUCAAGGAGAAAGCUCGCGGACUAAUGGAUUAAAUUGAAAAAAAUUCUGAAAUGUGAAUGAGUCGCGUACAAAAUGAUAAGCGGAAAACUGCAUAAUGAACGUGUCCCAGGGCUUUCUAGGGAACAAGACAAUUUACCAAUUUUGGAAUGGGAACACGGGAACAAACCAUGUAUGCGUGGGCAACAAGAGAACAUUGUGAAAUCUUUGUGGAAAGCAAGGGAACGAAGCCAAAGGAAAAUUUCAAAAGGAAACACAGAGGCUUUCCCCCUAGGAGAAAUUGAACGCUGAUCAGAACCACACCCUAACACAAAAUCCUAUCACUUCUCAAUUUAAUUUCUAGGCAGAAGUUGCAUGGGAGUUAUCACUGAAACAGCUGUAUAUAGCAAUAAAGAUUGGAGAGCCAGCACUAGCUGCUCAUUGUAAACUCUUUAUGUCUAUCAGCUUGAUGCAAAGAGGGCAUUAUUCUGCAGCUUCGAAAAUUAUCAGGUAAGUAGAAAUACUGUAGUCUGUCCUGUCGAGUGUGGGUGGGCCUGUAUGUUACUUGUUAGAUAUUUGUGGAUAACAUGCGAGCAUUUGACUCGUCAAGUAGCCAAGGAACCAAUCAGUAAGUCGGACCGUAACAACUGACUAGCUUGUAAACUGAUCCGAGUGGUGGAUUCCGGAAGGUUUUUUUCAGGGGGGUGCUGUGCGAGCAGCCAAGCACACCGGAACCAAUGAAAGUGCACCUAUAGUAGUUUCUUGGUUACAAUUUCCAGAAUGUUGAAUAAAUAUAAUUUACUAAUUAUAUAAAAUAUAAAUACCGAUUCUCUUAUGCUGUGAUUGUGUGAAAAUAUUUGACUGUUUUCUAACUUAUAUUUCAAAUAUUUUUGCAGCAAAAUUAACAAUUUGCUUUAUUCAAUCAAAGUAUCAAUCCAAACCAACCACCAAAACCAGACCCGCUAGUAUUUUGAACUAGUGUUAUGGUGCUGCCUUGAAUUCAAAAACUUAAGUUAGUCUAAUGAAGACUGAUACCAAACUUUGAAUAACUCAAGUUGACCAACGCCAACAGGGGUGUACCCCUACUAUAAAUCCACCACUGAACUGAUCCCUGUUCUGCCAGCCAACAAGCGAGUGAAUGAGUCGACAUUUUACGUAUUUAGAUCAGUUUCAAGAAGCAUAGUAAAUGAUAAAAGAUUACAAGAACGAAGGGUAAGGUUUUAUCUAGUAAUUAUUAACAGCUAUAUACUUUUAACUUGUGUCAUUCGCCUACACAGUCUUUAUUUAAAGUGCUUAUGACACGAAAUUUCACAUGGCUAUAUAACCUCUUUGGAAGAAUACUAUUUAGUCUUGUAGCUCUCUUCUUUCCCGAGAUAUUCAACUUGUUUGUGCAUAUAGUCUGCGAGCAGGCUCUCAAGGUAAAAUUAGAUUUCAUUUCACCUUGAAAGCCUGCUCGCAGGCUACACUGCAUACAGAAUGUUUAUCUUGCAGAGUAACGAUAACAAAUAUUUAAAAGUGUGCUUAUAUGUGCACAAACCAUUUAAUCAGCAGGUCUUCGUAUCUGGGUGUGGAAUAUUUUAACCAAUUUCAAAAUUAACGAUGUUCCUCAAAAACCUGAUGGCGUCAUGCAGUGUGAUGUCAUACUGAUAUUUGCAUGUGAAACAAAGUUGAAUAUGUCGGGAAGGAAAAGAACUACAAAGUAUUCUACCAGAGAGGUUAUACAGUCGUUUUAAGUGAUCUUUGCAAAGCAAUCAAGAAAAGAUUGGAUGACAUUUCGUAUCUCUUUUUACCCAAUGCACCCUCAAAUAUCAAUUAAAAAAUAAAUACCCACCCCUGUCCAGAAACGUUACAAAAGGACACUAUUCAGUUGUCACACAUGUCCUUUACCACUUCUGUGACACAAUUUUGAGAACUACUUAACAAUGUGCAAUUUUCUGUAGUCUAAAGUUUCAUGUUGUCUGCACAUGCACUUUCUUUGGAGACACCAUUUGUCUCCUGACAAAUCGGAAAAUGGCCAAGAUAGUGACUCUGAUUGAUUUACAUAUUGUAUUGACAUAUGACUGUUGACAUUGCUUUUUGGUCUUAACUGAUUUAAGGAGUCGUGCUUUGGAAAUGACAAUCAAUUUUUAUUACUCAACCCUUGAGUUGUUUUGUUUUUCGUCAACCCAACCUUUUACUCACUAAAAAAAUUGUUCACCCAGCACUUUUCUCUUUGGUGCCACCCCCCGCCAUAAAUAAUGACCGGCCCUUAAACUGUUCUCACGUGCAAUAAUUACAAAAUCUAUUUCUGCAUUUCAGUUGAUAAAUUGUUGCAAAGCUGCAAAGGUCAGGUUAAAAUACAUCAGACAAGAAAGAAAAGAAACGCGAAAUGGUAUCCAUAGUGAAGAUAUGACGAAUUCAGGUAUUCCAAGUUCGCCUCUAUUUAAAGAUUAAAUAUUAAAGAUUAACAGUUCGGCUAAUCUAGUGAAUGAUACCAAUUGAUCGUGUUUAUUCAAACUAAACUACAUCAACUAAGCCGGCGGAGGUAAUUUGCAGAACGCGACUUCUGUACUUCCGCUCAGCUUUUACGGGGUUAGGACCCUAACUCUAACACUUUCGGACAGCUUUUACGUAUCACCGCUGAGCGAAAGUACAGAAGUCGCGUUCUACAUUCUGCAAAUUACCCCUGCCCUCAACUAAGCCAUACUCCACAACACUCAAUAGUCUGUAACAUUCUUCAGGGCUUUCAAAACAAGCCAGCGGGUGUCAUGAGAUUCACUACCGGCUACUUUGUUUAAACUUUUAAGCAAUGGCAAAGAAAUAGCAACAAUAAACUCACAAAGUAACUAUUGCCAACAAAUAGCUACAACUACCAAUGCGAUGAAGGAGAAAUGUUUAUUGGAAAUUUCUCUUCUGAUUCUAAUCUGCAUUUACCAAUUGAUGCCUUCUUAAUGUUACAGAUAUCCUUCAGACAAGAACUUAAAGCAUACUGUUCAACUAAUUGUCCAAGAAAAAUCUGUACAUCAAAAGAUGACAAUAUUUUUAAUACGGUCAUAAAUUAUUUCCUAAGACUUAGUAAAUAUAUUCCUGUAUUGAAGGCAGCCAAAGAAAGAUUAUGAAAGCCCUGAUCAGAUCUAAAUGCAUCUAAUCUACCCGGUUAACCAAUCAAAUGCUUUUGAGCAUGAGAGGUAGUGGAAGUACAUGAGGGGUAGUAGUAGUGGAAGUACAUGAGGGGUAGUAGUAGUGGAAGUACAUGGGAUAGUAGUAGUGGAAGUACAUGGGAUAGUAUUAGUGGAAGUACAUGGGAUAGUAGUAGUGGAAGUACAUGGGAUAGUAGUAGUGGAAGUACAUGGGAUAGUAGUAGUGGAAGUACAUGGGAUAGUAGUAGUGGAAGUACAUGGGAUAGUAGUAGUGGAAGUACAUGAGAUAGUAGUAGUGGAAGUACAUGGGAUAGUAGUAGUGGAAGUACAUG